AUGUUGAUGAGACAUCGUGUUUUCAAAAUUCGCAAUGACAACGCCAUCAACCCGAUCUCACACAAGCCGGUCGCUUAUAAAUUGCAAGCACUUGCAAGCCAGAUGAUGUUGAUGAACCCGCGGAGCUUCAAUCAGACCCGCGCAAAGUGUGCGACCAAGCCGAUCUGGGUGACCAAGUAUGGUGAACUGUACGCCGCUGGCGAGUCCAUUAAUCAGAGCAAGAAGAGCGCUGGCGUUGAAGAAUGGACUGCACGAAAGGAUAAUGUUGAAGUUAACGACCUUGGAUUGCGGCAUUUAUUUUCUGCUUUAGUUGCGUCGGUGGUUAAAACCCCCUAUACCAGUCAACUGGGUACAAGUAUGCUAAUUCAAACAACUUGCAAAAAUCACAGCAUUCGGUCUCACCCAUACAACCCACGCCCUGAAGCCUUCCCCAUCAUGCCUGUUGAACGGAUAAGCACAUCAUGCUUAAAGCCAGACGUUUUUUUCCAGAAGAAUCCUGCUCUUGAUGUCCCCGCAUCUAUCCAGUCGUUUAGCCAUUCUCAACUGCACGAGGGCGGAAAGCCUGAUGCCGAUGCCCUUGUGCCAUCGGCUUGUCAUUGCCCGUCGAAGACUGAACAGCUGUAA